UGCAGGUCAGAUCCUGGAAGAUGAAAUGAAACGAAAGGAGAAAUCGCAUUAUGCGUAAUCCUUUGCACAUAAUGGAGCUGCGUGAGAUGACACUGAAAUUGAUUUCUCAACUGGAAUGCAGUUUAUGUGAUGUUAUGGGAUAUGCAAUGAUUUGCAAGGAAGCUGCAGUGACGCUGUAUUCCAAAUACAUUGUAAUACCCAGUGCAAUACCAUCACCUUUCGUUCUGUGGAAACAGGUAGUUUAAGGUGUGUUUUCUACACUGGCUUCGCAAAUCACCAGCGGCAGAGUUGAUCUCAUCACUCUCCACGUGUGCAGUACUUGGGGUUGGCCGUCCUACUGCCUUCCGAUUGGACACACCCUCUACACAGUCCACGCCCACCUCACCUCACUAUUAGGCGGGGCAAUGUACAGGACGCCGCGUGAUUGGCCGAAUGUGAACAAUUACAAAGUGUCAGGAGUGUCGGAACACGGCGUGGACUGAACAAUAUAAAUACAGUACUAGGGACACAUUGCAACAUGAGCGCCACGACCUAUGAGUCUUCCAUUCGUCAGCUAGUCUAUGAGAUAUCACCAAAGGAUGCUGCAGCAAGCACUCAGAGUUUCAAGUCGAAGAACCUCACCUAUGCUGAGGUGGGUGGAGAAAUGGGUUGAAAGCGCGGCUUCCCUAAAAAGCAGUGAGACGCGUCAGGUGAAGACCCUCGAUGAGAUGCCGGGACCCUCGGUCUGCGCCUUCGCCUGGGACCUCUUCGCCAAACGGGGGUUGUCUCGUUUACACGAGUUACAGGUGGAGGGCCGCAAGCGGUAUGGCCCCAUGUGGAAGGCCAGUUUUGGGCCUAUCCUGACAGUCCACAUGGCAGAGCCAGCACUGAUCGAGCAGGUGCUGAGGCAGGAAGGCCAGUACCCCAUGCGCUCCGAUCUCUCCUCAUGGAAGGACUACCGGCAGCUCCGCGGACACGGCUAUGGUUUGCUCACCGCUGAGGGGGAGGAGUGGCAGACGGUGCGCAGCCUCCUGGCAAAGCACAUGCUGCGGCCACGUGCAGUGGAGGCGUACGACACCACCCUGAACAGUGUGGUGACUGACCUCCUGGAGAAGCUGCAGCUCCGCCGCCGCCAGAGCCCAUGCGGCGUCGUCACUGACAUUGCCACCGAGUUCUACCGCUUCGGCCUGGAGGGGAUCUCUUCUGUGCUGUUCGAGUCUCGGAUCGGCUGCUUAGAUCCCCAGGUCCCCCCGGAGACAGAACGCUUUAUCCAGUCCAUAAACACCAUGUUCAUCAUGACACUCCUCACCAUGGCGAUGCCAGGCUGGCUGCACCGCAUCUUCCCCAAGCCCUGGGAUACCUUCUGCCAGUGCUGGGAUUACAUGUUCCAAUUCGCAAAGGGCCACAUUGACCAGCGCCUACAGGAAGAGGCGGAGAGGCUGGCUCGUGGAGAGGAAGUGGAGGGGCGGUACCUCACUUAUUUCCUGUCACGCCAGGGCCUGCCCAUGAAGACGGUGUACAGUAACGUCACAGAACUUCUGCUGGCCGGGGUGGACACGAUAUCCAGCACGCUGUCCUGGUCCUUGUACCAGCUCUCCCAGCACCCUGAGGUGCAGGCCAGCCUGAGGGAAGAGGUCCUGGGGGUCCUGGGUACCCGGCGGAUCCCGGGGGCCACAGACGUGGCCCAGAUGCCACUGAUGAAGGCUGUGGUGAAGGAGGUGCUACGACUUUACCCUGUUAUCCCAGCCAACGCAAGAGUCAUUGCUGACAGAGACAUCCACGUGGGAGGUUACCUCAUCCCCAAAAAUACCCUCAUCACUUUGUGCCACUACGCGACAUCCCGUGAUGGGAAGCUGUUCUCAAAUCCAGACAUGUUCCUUCCCCAUCGCUGGCUGAGCAAGGAGCAGGGCCACCACCCCUAUGCCUCAGUGCCCUUCGGUGUGGGCAAGCGCAGCUGCAUCGGCCGCCGGAUCGCAGAGCUGGAGCUCUACCUGGCGCUGUCACGGAUCCUGAUCCAGUUCGAUAUCAAGCCUGAUCCGGAGGGCGCCAUGGUCCGGCCCAUGACCAGGACCCUGCUCGUGCCUCAAACCGAGAUCAACUUGCAGUUCAUUGAGCGGUAACCGCCAGGCGACCACCCACCAUCGCUGAAGAAGCCAGCCCUCCCCAGCUGGUGCUGGAGAGCAGGGGCAAGGGUUGUACUGACUGCAGAGCUAGGGAACCAACUACGCUAUGGCUAUGGCUAUGGUGGGGGUGGGAGACAGAAAGGGACCCCCUGGGAUGGCUAGGCUCACACCUACAGAUAAAGAGCACACUUUGGGGAAAGAGCCAUGGGCCAACACACACACACACACACACACACAGCUGGUUACAUGGAAGCAG